AUGGAGGUAGUCUCAUCGUCAAAGCUAGCGUGCUUGGCGCUCGCCUUCACCGUGGUGGCCGCAGCCGCUGCCGGCCGUGUCUCGGCCCACAACACGGCGCAGGACUUCGUGAACCUGCACAACUCGCCGCGUGCGGACGUGGGCGUCGGGAGCGUGACCUGGAACAUCACGGUGGCGGCCUAUGCGCAGAGCUACGUGAACCAGCGCGCGGGCGACUGCCGGCUGGUGCACUCCGGCGGCCCCUACGGGGAGAACCUCUUCUGGGGCUCGGCGGGCUACGCAUGGGCGGCGUCGGACUUACUGUACAGCUAG